CCUCAGAGCUCCCCCUCGCUUGUGAUAUGUCGUAACAAGCAUUGGCGCCAUAUCUCGUCGUUCCACGGGCCAUGGCUGCAGCUGGCACCUGAGAUCAUGGAGUUUCUCGCCCACCAAAACUACAACCACCCGCUCCCCCGUCCUAUCGAUGUCGCCGUAUUUUACGAUCUGCUCAAGAUCCGCCGUCUCGUCGAUGAUGCCACAAACCUUGCCGUUCGCGCCGCCAGCGGCCUCGUAUCCCUCAGGAACCUGGACAAUUCUCACCAGGCCGCAGCGCUGGGCUUGGGGUUCGGCGGAAGCAAGCAGCCUAUGCUAAGCGCCGAGCGCAGGCACAAGCUUCGCGAGCAGGCCACCCAGAAACUGGCGCGUGCAUAUCGCCUGGACGAGAUCGCCUGCAGCGUGUCCACCAUGCAGAGCGCAUCCUCACUCGAGGAUGUCGCGAGCCUGGUUCUCAAGCGAGAUCCGCACAGCCUCGAUGCAAAAUAUGUCCAUUUCUUCCACGAGAAAAUCCCUAGCAGGCAGAUGGCCGAGUCCACCAGCCUGGACGCUCUUGAUGAGCUCAUCGCGUCCCGACCAUCCGAGUGCGAGGCCCUGCGUACAAGAGCUUCCAUCAAGGUGUUCAAAGAAGACUACAGAGGUGCCGUGCAAGACCUGACAGAGGCUUUAAAUAUUAUCAAUGUGCUCUACAGGCACAGGUCGGCCGAGAACUGGUCUAUGGAGUUACAACACUACGAGAAGAACGGCCGGCGGGUUGACAUCGUGCCGGAUGAGGAGCAGCAGCCCAGCAGCCUCGAGGCUCAGAUACUGGUCGCCCGCGCCGGCAUCUUGCUUACCCUCGCUUGCAUGAAUGUUGUGAAACCCGGACAGCAGCAGCAGAAGCAGGCCACAGCUGAUGCAACGGGAAACGGAGGGGGGUUAGAUACCUCAAGAUCGGUACCUAGUGCGCAAACACCUCCCGCAGAGCUCACCGCAGAGGAGAAACUCAACGAGACCAAAAUGUUGGAAGCACGAAAGGCCGUCAAGAUGUAUGCAAAGAAAGCAUUGCGGGACUAUAUGUCCUACCUGUCCAACUUUCACUACUCGCCCAAUUUUCCCACUCAUGUUGCCGACGACUUCGCAAAGAAGGUCAUGUACUCCAAGUCCAAGACCAGGUGGCCAGCGUCGACUGGCGAGCCGGUUCAUGCUGAGUCGAAACACACAGUCUAUAAACUCAACGAGCUGUUUGUGGCCACGCCGCCGACGGACCUGCCUGACCUCUCUCCAUCAGAGAUUGCCAUAUUACAAAAGACGUUUGACCAGCCGACGUAUUUGGCCUCCACUAUAGAGAUGGCCACGUACCACCCGUUGCUCUCCGAUGCGCUGCACUCGGUCCUGCUUUGCCACGUUCUUAUGCAGACGUCUCCGAAGGAGCUCCUGCGUCAUGCCCACAUGGUCGCGCGCAUCACUCGCCUGGCAGAAGGGCAUCCCAUGUUUCACACAAGCCGAAGCCCUGCCCGCGCCGACUGGGUCCAGGUCGUGCGGAAGUGUCAGAACUGGGUUGGUCUCGCCGCAACAUGGGAUUAUCUAUGCUCGCCCGGAUGUCUAUUACCACUUAGCACGAGUGAUGAGCCAAGACCCAAGACGCUGCCCCCAUUCGUCUCGCCCGAGGCG